UGUUGGCCGACCGGUGACAGUAUGUUUACAGCGGCACUGUUUAUGGAAAUUUGUUUACGGCGGCAUUACUUCCAAAACAUUUUGUAUCGGAUAAGACAACGAAACCCUUCGUUCCAGUGUAGAAUUGUUCUUAUUUUUAACCUAUCCGAUAUCUUCAUUUGUCAGUGUUGUGGAAUUAGACGAUAAGAUUACUAAGAAGUUAUUGAAAGUGAUAAGCGUAUUCCUUUGAUAAGGAACCUUCUCGUAAAGGUUGCGAAUCGGAAUCAGUAGGCAAAUAUCAUUUUAUUAGACAAGUUGUAUUUUCAUUACUGCAGCAACUGUUUAACAAGAUGAGUAAAAUGUUAAACGAAAUCUGUGAUAUGCUGGAUGGAUACACCGGCAGGGAUAAGAUAAUUCGCACACUAUGUUACACUACCAAACUGGCGUCCGGCCUGUACGCGCAGUCGGAUCCAACAAGGUCGAAAAAACUGGCUAUAUUUAGUUCCAAAAUGUCUCAAACCCGUGCCACGCUGCGCCUUUUCGACGAUUUACCAAUGUUGGCGUACAGUCUGAGCUAUGGGUAUGGCAGUAAGGAACCGGAUCGAUGGAUGGGUUUGAUAGGAUUCGUCACCAAUUUGAUCGAUCAUGCGUACUAUCCCGUGGACAAGAUCUGUUGGCUGAUCGAGCACAAUCUACUAAAUGUUGAGAACCCUACCCGCUGGGACACGAUCAGUUCAAUGCUUUGGGUAGCAUCGAUUUACUUAAACCUGAUGAAAACGAUCCGGAGCUUCACCGUGAUGGAACAGCAUAAAUCAUGCAUCGAUAAAAAGGAAAACGAAAGCAGCCAAGCGUUCCGCAUGUUGCUGAUUAAGCAACGCAUGGAGGCCAUAUCGAUAUUGCGGUUGUCACUGGAUCUGAUCCAUGCCGGGAGCACACUGCCAAAGGGUAUGCUGUGGGGUGGUCGUUUCCAAACUUGGCACGUAGGAUUAAUUGGAAGCAUUUCCUCACUGCUGGGCCUCUACCAAUACGUUGCUAAGAAGCGAAUCGUUAAGCAGAGUUCCUAGUGCAGCAUAAAUCGUGCAAUUGCAAAUCCACAGCUCAACAUUUUGUUGGUUUCUUUUUAAAUAAUUAAAACUUUACGUUGCUUGCGCAAUUUAAUUUACGAUGAAAUUCAAUGGAAAAGCAAAUUUAGCACCAUCACGUCGAUCGCGGAUCGCUUAGCUUAUGAAUAGCGUUUAAUCAACCAGUUAGAAAAAACGGGUUUUUCAAUUGAAAGUUGAUAUUUGUCGUUACGAUUUGUGUUGUAUGCUUUCCUAUGUUAUACGGUUAUUGUAAAAAAGAAAAAUGUUACACAAAAAAAAAAUCUAGUCAGUAACUUGACCAUGUAAAUAAAAAGAAAAUCAUUUCAGAAAAAUGGCAUAAUGUGACAAAA